AUGUGUUUAAUCUUCACCUGUGGUGAGCACACCUUCCGCAAGGAAGUCGAGGGAUACGAGGGCCUCACCUGUCAGUGCCACAACUGUGGUAACUACUCCGCCCAUGUCAUCAAGAGCAACCCGUGGUUUACCUUCUGCUUUGUCCCUGUCAUACCACUUUCCUUCAAAGGCUACCACGAUGUCACCUGCCACGUCUGCAACUUUGCCCAGCCGCUCGAGAACAGACCCGAUGUGAUGAACAUGAAAGGCGGAGGAAACAAUAUACCGAUGCAACAUCAAGGACCUCACCAAGGCUGGGGCGGCCCACCACCUCACGGUCAGCCACCUAUGCAAUACAAGUAA